AUGGGCUUCAGCAAAGUCUUCACUGACUCAUCGCUGGCGAAACAUGUCAAGAGCAUUCGCAACUCGCCACGCGAAGUCAUCUUCAACCGACGUCUUCUCCUGUCGUCGGCACUCUAUGCCAUGUCAGGCUUGUGCAUCAGAUUCUCGCAGACGUUUGGCAUCACCUCUGCCACCAACCCCAAAGAGGUGGCCAACUUCAUCUCCUUCGUCUAUCUCACCGCCGGCGUUGGUUCAGGACUGUCCUUCUUUAUCAACGACCGCAUCGGGCGGCUCUGGUCCUUGAGAUUGUACUUCGUCAUCUGGAUCAUCGGCCAGCUGGUUGCAACUUUCUCUUAUGGCAACAUGGGCGCUCUUUACACCGCUCGAUUCAUAUCUGGUCUUGGUAUCGGUCCUCUGACUGUUACUGGCCCCAUGUCCAUCGUCGAGAUUGCACCUACCGAGAUUCGCGGCCUUCUGACUGUGUGGUUCAGUGUCGUCAUGCUGCUCAGCUUGACUGUAAGCACAUUGACGGUGUAUGCUUGCUUCUUGCAUGUCGCACCUUCACACUUGCAGUACCAGAUAGUCUGGUUCGUGCCAACUAUCAUCUGCGCCAUAGUUAUCGCUGCGAGCUUCUUUGCUUACGAGUCUCCGCGUUGGUUGAUGCUAGUCGGCCGCAAAGAAGAUGCUGCCAAGACUCUUGUCGCACUUCGCGGAUUGCCAGCAGAGCACCCUCGAGUUGCUGGAGAAAUCGCCGACAUUGAGGACCAGAUCCAAGACGAAAGGGCCAAAUAUGGCGGCAGCGGCGGCCUCAAGGACGUCCUGAAGGAGACUUUCAUGGUUCCCGCCAAUCUUCGUCGCGUCCAGCAGGCUCUUGUCUCAUACGCGCUUGCACAGCUCUCUGGCGCAAACUCGGUCACCAGUUAUCUCGUCCCGAUUCUGUCACUUAUGGGGAUCAGCGGCGCAAAUGGACAUGGCCUCUUCUUGUCGAGCAUGUAUUCUCUCUCCAAGUUCUUCUACACACUCAUCGCCUCAUUUUUCUUCAUUGAUGCCUUGGGCCGCCGCAAAUCGCUCUUCAUCGGUAUCAUCAUUCAACUAAUCUCGGACGUCUACCUUGGUGCUUACAUCAAGAGUCACCAGUCGGGUUCUGUUGCGCCUGGUUCGUCUGAAGCUGCAAUCGCGGCAAUCUUUAUCCAUGGUUUUGGAUAUGCAGUUGGCCUCCUUGUUCUUCCGUAUGUCUUUGGCGCUGAGCUGUGGCCCAACAGCAUUCGAUCCUUUGGCUCUGCUCUGUCUCAAGCCUUCCACUGGCUUUUCUACUUCGGACUCAACCGCGCUACCCCAUCCAUACUCAGCAGCAUGGACAACUGGGGGGCCUUCAUAUUCUUCGCUGGGUGGUGCUUUGUGUCCCUCAUUUACGUCUUUUUGGCAGUUCCAGAGACAGCAGGUCUCCCCUUGGAGCAUAUUGAUGCCCUGUUCGAGUGCCCCUGGUGGCAGAUUCGCAGCAAGGCCAAGACCAUGAGAGUCGACUCCAUCUCCGGUCGCAGAAUCGAAGAAGACCUCGAAGAGUGA